UCGUCACUGCAACCCGACAAUCUUUCGACCUCCAAACAAAACACACAAUCACGAACCCUCUCUCAACUCUCACCCCUAGCCCUUCGCCUACCCACCACUCUCAACCGCGUAGACAGAAAGCUCAAGAUGCAGAUCAAAGUCCGUACCCUCACGGGUAAAGAGAUCGAACUCGACAUCGAGCCAGACUACAAAGUCCAGCGGAUAAAGGAGCGCGUCGAAGAGAAGGAGGGAAUCCCACCGGUGCAGCAGCGGUUGAUCUUUGGUGGGAAGCAGAUGGCCGAUGACAAGACAGCUGAGGAGUACGGUCUCGAGGGUGGCGCGACUUUGCAUUUGGUUCUGGCGCUUCGCGGUGGCGUGGAGAAUUAGAUGGCGAAAAACGAUACGAUCGAUGAACACGCCCGUCGGACUGCCUGGUUGCUUUUAAGGACAUGGUACUCUACAUUGAAGAGCAUGAGCAUAGAGGGGGUGGCACGCUGAAGAUGAGAUUUUGUUUUGCGCAGAAGAAGCUGCGCGUUGUAUGAUGGAGCGGACUGAGAUACCAUAGCGGGGACAGUGCUGGUCUGCGAAGAGUUGAGUACGUGGUAUGGGAAGCAAAGCUACACCAAUCGCAUCCGCAUGAGCGAUGACUACGGAUGUGACAAGAGCGUGAGAGAAAGUCCGAUAAGUUCUCGACUAGAGCGAAGGCAACAGCAAGCAUAAGGCAUCGUUCGGCAAAUACGGUAUCAUCUACAUGCAUCUCUCAUGUCGCAACGCCAGACAAAGACAUUCCGUUCCAUGCACGCCAUAACGGCAAAGCAAAAGCGCUCAUCAACAUCAUCCUCAUGCAAUUCCCGUGAUCCUCCUGAUGCUUCU